AUGGUCACCUUGAGCGUAAAGUUGACCAAAGUUUUGUUUGCCCAACUUCGAUCUCAACGGUUUGAACCGCCUAAACCGUGGUCAGAUGUGCUUGAAAAAGCACAAGGCAAUGAGUUGAGUUAUGUCGAAAUGGGGAUGAAGCUUGCCAGCGGAUUCGAGAUCAUGAUGAAUAACAUCAACACCACCAAAAGCCGCGAAGCCAGAGAGGCCAGUAUCAUUGUAGCGGAUCUCGAAGAGGAUGGGGAAUCAGUCCUUCCGACCGAUUACGAUAUCCAAAAUUGGAAAGAUUCAGAGAGAGAAGACGAUGAAUCUUGGCUGGACAUCAACUACGAGGACUUUGAACAGGAACUGCAAGGACGCCGUGAAAGUGGAAAAGGCCGUACCGGUUUUGGAGACCCAUCAACGCAGGCGGACCUGCGCAAGAUCGUGUCACGAUUCGAGGCCUUUUUGAACGACGAGAGAGCAGGUCUUGACGGAGCCGAGAUUGAAGACAUGGACAUUGACGACGAUGACGACGACGAUAACGACGACGACAGCGAAGAUGGCAGCGAUGAGGAAGACAAGGCAGUCAGCUUUGACGAGGCUGAGUUUUCUCGAAUGAUGAGGGAAAUGAUGGGACUAGCUCCAAACAACCAAGGUGAAGCUAGUCCGCCAGCAGGGACGCGAAAGCAUCGAGAAGGUUUCCCUGAGGAUCCCAGCGACGAAGAUCUGCGGGAGCUUGCAGCACAGUUGGAAGCCGAACUUACCGAGCACGGGGCCCUCAGACUAGACGUCUCUGACAACAGCAAAGCGCCGGCGGUCAAAGGCAAAGACAGCCAUCCAGCCAAUGUGAACGGCCUUGGUACCGCUGUCAAACACAAUGGCAGUGACGAUGAAGACGACAAGGAAGCUGGGGAUGAAGAAAUCGAUAUUGACUACAACCUAGCCAAGAAUCUGCUGGAGAGCUUCAAGGGUCAGGCAGGCUUGCCAGGUCCGGCUGGCAACAUCCUGGGCAUGAUGGGGAUGCAGCUCCCGCGCGACGAGGCCUACGGCGACGCCAAAAGCAAAAAGUGA